AUGCAGGGAGGCAACCUCGACAUUAUCUCUGCCACCGAAGCGCUUAGUGCUUGGGCAGUGGACGACGCAGUUAUCGUGCUUUUCACCGGCAGUGACCAGAACAACAUCAAUGCGGCUGGCCGGGACUACACGCGCAAAGAGUGGACGAAAUGCCAAGUGUUGCUGGUGGCUGACGUUACGGAUGCCGCUCCGCAAUCCGAGGCUCCGACCCUUAUGGCGACCAUGGUCGACUUAUACACGGGAGCUGGGGCAAAUGGAAUCAAUGUCUCAAUGGCAUUCUGGAGCACAGUGCAACCGAAGCGU